AUUUUCAUCUGAAUCUCUCGACGGCCACUCUCUCUCUACUAGCUUCGCAAAUCCGUGAAAAUCCAAUGGCGACUUCAAUAGCUCGAUUCUCUCGGAGAGGAGUAGCUUCAACCUUGAUCCGUCGCUGGUUCGCUGCGGAAGCGGCACUCGCGAUGCAAACGGAGCCGCCGAAGCCAAAACUAACGGUGUCGCCGUCGCCGUCUCUGGAUCGUGUGAAGUGGGACUACAGGGGACAGAGACAGAUCAUUCCCUUGGGACAGUGGCUUCCGAAGGUAGCCGUUGACGCCUACGUGGCACCCAACGCCGUGUUGGCAGGUCAGGUCACAGUCUGGGACGGCUCCUCCGUCUGGAACGGCGCCGUUUUGCGCGGCGAUCUCAACAAAAUCACGCUCGGGUUCUGCUCGAAUGUUCAGGAACGGUGCGUUGUCCAUGCCGCGUGGUCGUCCCCAACAGGAUUACCAGCAGAGACAUUGAUCGACAGGUACGUGACAGUGGGUGCAUACAGUCUUCUGAGAUCAUGUACCAUCGAACCAGAGUGCAUCAUCGGGCAACAUUCAAUACUAAUGGAAGGUUCGCUGGUGGAGACCCGCUCAAUCCUGGAAGCUGGUUCGGUUGUGCCACCAGGAAGAAGGAUCCCAUCGGGUGAACUAUGGGGAGGCAAUCCAGCAAGGUUUAUUAGAACGCUAACCAACGAAGAAACCUUAGAGAUCCCGAAACUCGCUGUAGCUAUCAACCAUUUAAGCGGAGAUUACUUCUCCGAGUUCUUGCCUUACUCCACUGUCUACUUAGAGGUAGAGAAGUUCAAAAAGUCCCUUGGGAUCGCUGUUUAGAGUCUCCUAGAAGCUUUUCUUAUUGGUUUCGUGUGCUUGCCUGUUGUAUGAGGUCUCUCUGCAUAUUGCAAUAAGUAGCUGAAGAGCAUCAAAACAUUCGAAUGUUUGCCUUUUUUUUUC